AUGGUGAACACCAUCUUCAUAUCACAAAGCAAAUAUGCCAGAAGCAUUGUUAAGAAAUUUGGUUUAGACAAUGCAAGUCAUAAAAGGACUCCAGCUGCAACUCAUAUCAAGUUAACUAAAGAUGAGAAAGGAGUCUGUGUUGAUCAAAGUAUUUACAGAAGUAUGAUUGGGAGUCUUCUCUAUCUCACUGCAAGUAGCCCAUAUAUCACCUUUGUUGUUGGUGUGUGUGCUAGAUAUCAAGCUGAACCAAAGGCUAGUCAUCUUGUUCAAGUCAAAAGGAUUAUCAAAUAUGUUAAUGGAACUAGUGACUAUGGCAUUCUUUAUUCUCAUGAUCAAAAUUCAAGUUUUGUAGGCUAUUGUGAUGUUGAUUGA